AAGUAGAUUCGUUCCCUCGCAAAUUCCAUAUUCCCGCCCCUGAAUUAGCCGGCCUUCAGAACCCUACCGGAGUCCGGAGAUCGGCGUCGGAAGAGGAGGAGGUGGAGGGUCAGACAAUGUGCUCCAGCGUCGGAGAAGAAGGCGCUACUUCAUCGUCCAAGCCGAUCUGCGCCAUCUGUUACGAAGACCUGAAACCCCUCGCCGAACACCUCCAGUGCAUCCCCGUCUGCGGCCACGUCCUCCACGAACUCUGCUUGCAGCAAUGGCUCGAGUACUGCCCCGCCCGCCAGAAGGAGGCCUGCCCCAUCUGCAAGCAGUCCUGUUCACGCAGUCGCCCUACUCGCCUCUAUUUCCAAUCCGCCACUGAUGCCGCUGCCUCCACCCAGACUACGGCUACAUCCUCCGUAAACCAACAGGGGCCCACCGCUGAGGCCCUAAGAGUGGAGAUCGGGAGGUUGGAGCUGAAACUUUCCUCCCUCACUAAAAACUUUGCUACCCAGCAGGACAAUCUCAAGAAAUUGGAUAACGAGGUCUCUGUCUGGAAGAAAUUAGCCAAACAGGAAGAGUCCAAAAGGGAAGAAAUCAAGCUAGAGAAAGAUCGCAUGCAGCAGUUUCUUUGUGUAAAGACAGAGGAGUUGAAUAGGAAGUCAUCAGAGUGUGCAAAACUAGAGGAGAGGAGUUUAGGGUUGGCUAAGGAACUUGCUACGCUUAAACUUGCAAUGGAUGUCAACUUGGAAGAAGGAGAGAUUUUGAAGUUUGCAUCACUUGGAAAUGGGCGUAACCUUGAGAAUAUGAUAGAUGUCUUGCGGAGGUCUCUUGCGUUGCGUAACAAGUGCUAUAAAGAACUGAUGGCCCAGUGCAAUCUUUUGGGUAGAACUGAGAACCGUUCACGCCUAGAUCUCGAAAAGGCUAAUGAUAAAAUAAAGAAACUGAAGGCUAGGAUAAUUGAACUAGGGAAGGCACUUGAAAUAAAAGAAAAUGACACUCUCAGGGUUCUAAAAAACUCCAAGAAGGUAAAGACUGAAGUGCAUCAGCACUGUGUAGAUUCCUCAGCAGGAAAUAAUACAAUACAGAUUGGUCAUUCAAUAGCAGUUUCUAAGGAGGUGGUUUUCCCUACUGAUAGUUAUUCAAACAGAAGCUUCAAAGAUUGUGAGGUUCAUGAUGGUUUGGAUUCAUCUGAUUACAAUGGUAAUAAUUGGGUAAUUAAUCUUGAUAAUGAUGCAAGUAUGCCAGAUAAGCAUGCUCCUAAAUACUCUCAGUCAGAAUCAAAGAAUGGUGCAGGUACACAGAAAAAACCUGCAUGUUUGCAAAAUGUAUCUGAUUCUCCCAGUAAUGAAGGUUAUUCCAACUACAAGGAAGGUAACAUUUGCAUUGGAUCUCCAAGUCAAGGGAUUUCUUUGAAGCGCAUAGCAGGCACAGAUGAGCCUUUCAAGAGAAUUCCAGUUAUGGCAGAUCUGGAGAAAGAAGUAUUACUUGUCAGUGAUAUUGCAAAGCAAGCACCACAGGAAGACAAUGGAAUGAAACUUCAAGCUCAUGGUAGUUUUGUGUGUCCUGGUAUGGGUGAUCAAUGUUUUUCUGGAGCUGCUGGAGGAAAUGCCAUGACCAGAAAUAUGGUAGGGAAAUGGUGCAAGCAGGGUCUUAAAAUGGCAUCCUCUGGUACUAGCGGUGAUCUGAUUGCUGUCGGAGCUGAUGGGAGAGGAGGGAGGAUCAAGAUGUUAAGAACUCAUAAUGAUUUCAUGGGUAGCAAGCUUAAUAUUUCUUCAAAGAAACCGAAACACAAACCAAACCGAACCAAUCAACCUCAGAUUGAGCAUUUCUUUGGGAAGUCAGAAGUUUAGUCCAUGAAGCAAAUCGGUGCUUAAUUGACGAAUGCUGCAAAUGCAUGGAGUAAACCUCAAAAACACAACGAUGACUUGGGCUCUUGCUUUAAUAAACUAUGGCAUGCAAUUUUUGGAAAGAUGACGAGAGAAAAUUUCACUUUUGGAAAAUUUUCUUUUGUGCUUCAUAGUGUACAUUCUGUUUAGAAAGGUCCAACUAUUAAUGAUGGAUAAAAAAAAUUCAGUUAAUUAGAAAUGGAAACUAGAGCUUUCAGCGGCCUUGAUGGAGUAUUUAAGUAUGUCAGAAUUUGUUAUUAGAUAUAUGAUUAAUAUUAGGCACUAUUUAAUAGCAAGAGUUGACCCAAAGUAUGAUAAAUAGAGAAAAGAGUUCAGAUGAUAUUGAGCAAGUUCGAUGAGGUACUGUAUAUUAUUUAGUAUUUUGUUUAUGUGGAAACUUUUAUUAGG